AUGCUCCGCCACGCCAUAGUCCACACUGACAAGAUCCACACCUUGCUCUCACACAACACUACCACAAUCCCAUUCACAACCAGUCCCGUGCCUACGCCUACUGAGGACUACACUUUGAAUAAGGUACGAGGUACGGAGUACGAACCCGACAAGUCAUCUUCAUCGGACCCGGUCCCCGUCCGCUGUGGCCAACACACCGACCAGCUGGGCAGCAGCAGCAAGAGCAAGGCAAGCAAGAACUGCGCCGUGCGUUCUUUUCCCUACAAGAAAGUCCCUUACCAUGCAGUGGACAGUGGAGGACUAACAGUCCGCGGUGUCCCCGCUUGGGCGUUUCGCUUCUUGAUGGACGAGUAG